AACUUGAAAACCAAGUCCUAAAAUAUGAAACACAGAUAGUUGAACUAGAAUCACUUCGACGUAGAUCUCUCGAAUACGAAGAUCAAUUGGCAGAUCUAAAGAAUGUUCGUGAAGAACUCGAGAAUCUCAAGCAAAAAGUAAAGGGCAUGGAUGAUAUUGAAGCUCAGAAUCUUGAAAAGAUUGAAGAAUUGUCUAAACUUCGCAUAAGAGUUCAACAAUUGGAAAACGCAGAAAAUGAUCUUGAAUAUGUUCGUAAACAAUUGGAAAACGCAAGAAAAGAUCUUGAAUAUGAACGUAGAGACAAGAAUGACUUAUCUAAUCGUCUAGAAGUAUUAGAAGCAGAAAAGAAAAAGCAGUUAGAAAAUAAUCAUUCACAAAAGAACGCGAAUGCUACGUCAAACACACAUUCAUAUGGAGGACGCGAACCUAGAAUGAACGGUGUUAUUACAGAAGAUCGAAUCAUCUCAAGGGAUCAUAAACCCUUAUAUAGCAAUAACAAUCAACCUAACGGGAAUUUGGAGCAAAUUCAUUAUUCCAAUAUGAAGCCGCCUACCGAAUAUAAUUCUCAACAGACAUUCAGUCAGUCACCUGCUAUUGGUAGUAUUAAUUUAACGCAACCGACAACACAAUCUAUGCCACACAUGAUGAAUGGAGCUGCACAACAAUCAUCUCAUCAAACAUAUAUUCCUCAGACACCAAAUUCAGCAGUACUACCAUCACCACAACACAUACAACCCACAUAUUUAUCACAUAAUGGACCACCACCUUCACAACUCCAACCAUAUGUUCCUUCGCACUCAUCUCAAUCAUCUGUACCUAUUCAUUCAAAUACUCCCGUUUCAUCACAAAAAGUGCAGCAAAAACAGGAUAAAUCGCAACAACAGCAACCUAUACUUCCGCAAUUGGUGCAAUCGCAACAAACACAGUCUAACCAAGGGCAAUCUACCGUGAAACAAGAAAAAAAGUCUCAUAGUCGUCAAAGUUCUCGCUCAAACAAUAUUGGAGGUAGUGGAAAGAAGCAACGCUCUCAGAAUGCAAAGAAAAAAGAUCGAAAUAGGAGAAAUUCUACGGCUGACAAUACGGACAAUCCCUGGAACAAAGGCGAAUUGAAUAAUGAUGAGUGGUGGUAG